AUGCCUCUCGAGGCGGUAAUGGUCGUUGUCGACAACAGCGAGAGCGCUAGGAAUGGCGACUACCAGCCGACACGCUUCGAUGCACAGACCGACGCCGUCCAGACGCUCUUCCAGACGAUCACCAACGGCAACCCCGAGUCUUCAGUCGGGUUGAUGAGCAUGGGGGGGAAAGGUCCCGAAGUGCAUGUCACAUUGACUACUGAAAUGGGCAAGGUACUGGAGGGCUUGCAUCAUACAAAGCAAAAGCUGGGCGGCUCCUCGCAUCUGAAGACAGCUGUCCAGGUCGCUGCACUGGCCCUCAAGCACCGUCAGAACCGAGCCCAACGUCAACGGAUAAUAGUAUUCGUAUGCUCCCCGAUCGCCGACGAGAAGAAGGAGCUUGUCCAGCUGGCCAAGAAGAUGAAGAAGAGCAAUACGACAGUGGACUUUGUGCUUUUCGGAGAACUCGACGAUGAGGCGACACAACAGAAGCUGGAGGCAUUCAACGAGGCCGUCAAGAGCAACGAAGGCUCCCACAUGGUUGUGUUCCCUCCCAGCAGCAAGCUCUUGGGUGACCAGUUGAUAUCGAGCCCCAUCCUUCUGGGUGAGGGUGCUGACGGUCAGGGUGGCGGCGAGAGCGGUGGCAACAACGAGGAGUUCGAAUUCGGCAUCGACCCAUCAAUGGAGCCCGAGCUUGCGUUGGCUCUGCGUAUGAGUAUGGAGGAGGAGAAAGCCAGGCAGGAGAAACUGGCAAAAGAAGAAGAGGAGAAGGCGAAGAAAGAGUCGCUGGGUGAUGUCAAAGAAGAGGACGAGUCUGGCCCCAGUGACGGCAGCAAGAAGAACGGCGACAAGAUGGACACCUCUUGA